AUGGCAGCAGUAACUAUCGGCACCAACGUUGCAGGAGACAGACAUGAAUAUGAUCCUGAAAAAUGGGUAACGAGGGACCUGUCGGCUCUCAACUUGGGCAAUGACACCGAUGGUGCCACGCAAGAUUCGCAUCUUCCCACACGUCACCCAGAGACUGGCAUUGAUGUGCUUGUCGUUGGAGCCGGGAUGGGAGGAUUGAUGACCACGUUGGAAUGCUGGAGAAAGGGACAUAACGUGAUUGGCAUCCUUGAGCGCAACGACGGCCCCGUUUACUCUGGAGAUAUCAUCGUCAUACAGCCUUCCGCCGUCUCAGUAUUGAGACACUGGCCGGACAUGAUGCGUGACAUGGAAGACGAGCAAGUCAACGCCGCCGUAAGCUACGAGCAACACACAGGUAGACACAUCUACGGUCCUUCCGUCCCAUCAUUCAACGAACCCGAAUACCUUGCCGACCGUAAAGGCCCCUUCGUAGCCCCCGCCCAAAUCCGUGAAAAGUUUUAUCGAAUGCUUCUCCGCCAGGUUGCAAAGCUCGGCUUCAAGGUGCAAUACGGAAAGCGUGCGGUCCGUUACUUCGAGGAUGUUGCUGCUAAGAAAGGCGGUGUUGUCUUGGAGAGUGGAGAGGUCCAAAUCGCCGAUGUCGUCGUUGCUGCCGAUGGACUUCGAUCGUCAUCCGAGCUUCUGAUCGCUGGAGGACAUACUCCUACAAAGUCCAGUGGCAUGUCUAUCUACCGCACGGCUUAUCCUCGCGAGAUCGCCAUGGAAGACGAAUCCGUCCGCAAGCGAUGGGCCGACAAGAAAGAAAUUUGGGAGUACUGGCUGGGUCCAGGCAUGUACAUUGGAGUCUUCUUCUCCAAAGAUAUUGUAUCGUGGGGUUUCACCCCUCGAGAUAUACAUAGCGGAGCAACCGAGUCUUGGGAGCCCGAUACUGAUCCGGAGGAUGUGGUUAAGGAGCUCCUGAAGGUCCCGGGCUGGGACGCUUCAAUCGCCGCUCUCAUACGUACUGCACCCAAAGGAGCUGUGGUCCAUUGGCCGCUACUAUGGCGUGACCUACGGCGCGAUUGGACCUCCGCUCAUGGCCAUGUUGUGCAAGUGGGCGACAGUGCUCAUAGCUUCGUGCCCACCUCUGGAAAUGGAGCCACACAGGCGCUGGAGGAUGCCAUCACGUUGGCCACUUGCUUGCAGCUUGGAGGAGGACCCCGGAAUGCUUUGCUAGCAACAAAGAUCUACAAUCUCCUCCGUUACGAGCGUGUGAGCUGUGCUCAAAAAAUGUCCUUUGUGAACUCGCAACUCAAGACCGAAACCAAUUGGGACGCAAUCUGGGCCGAUCCCAUCAAGGUUCGCACGCGCUUUCCCAAGUGGAUUCAUAACCACGAUCCCGAGGAGUAUGCCUACAACAAAUAUAGCCAAGCGUUUGCACAUCUCGUCGCUGGGGCGGACUUUGCUAAUGAAAAUUUCCCCCCGGGCCAUAAAUUCGUUUCUUGGACCAUUGACGAGGUCUAUGCAGAUAUUGAGGCAGGCAAGAAUGUGGAAAGUCUAUUGGACGGGGAUUGGUCUUAG